CUUCAUGAAUUCCAUCGUGAUUCACAUCUUCAUUCUUCUUCUUACUCUCCUAAUAUAUUGGCACUAUUUGUCUUUUAAGUCCCAAGUCCAAUUCCCGCUGAUUAAUCUAAGAUCUCCCUCCUAAGUCUAACUCGAGAACUCGUGAAUAUGAGUUACUUAUUUCAUGCACGAUAAGACCGACAAAUUAUCCGUUUUAGAUAUAUAUAUUUACGCGGUUAAUGGAAUUCCUAGACUACCUACAGGAGGUUGGAGGCAAGAGAGGUCAUGAUCAACAUGAUCAUUUUGAUUCCAUCAAAAUGACAACCAAAUCUGUAAAGAGAGUAUGGGUUCCAGGGCCGGUUAUCAUCGGUGCAGGCCCAUCGGGCCUGGCUGUAGCCGCUUGUCUCAAGGAGAAAGGCGUUCCGAGCUUAAUUCUCGAAAGAAGCAAUUGCAUAGCUUCUUUGUGGCAACUCAAGACCUAUAACCGUCUCCGACUUCAUCUCCCAAAGCAAUAUUGUGAGCUACCACUCAUUCCUUUUCCUUCAAAUUACCCAACCUACCCUUCGAAGCAACAAUUCGUCUCGUAUCUAGAAGGGUACGCGAGGCAUUUCGGGCUCGAGCCCGCGUUUGGCGAAACGGUGGUGAGUGCCGAGUUUGACACCGCGUGUGGAUUUUGGAGGGUGAAGAGCGAGGGUUUGAAGGAGGUACGAGAGUACGUAUGUCGGUGGCUAAUCGUUGCCACCGGAGAGAAUGCGGAGGAGUUGGUGCCGAAUAUCGAAGGGAUGGAAGGGUUUUCUGGUCCCAUUGUUCAUACGAGUUGUUAUAAAAGCGGCGAAUGUUUCAAAGAGAAGAAGGUUUUGGUGGUCGGAUGUGGAAAUUCGGGCAUGGAGGUUUGUUUAGACCUAUGUAAUCAUCAAGCUAAACCGUCACUUGUCGUGAGAGAUUCGGUCCAUGUCUUACCCCAAGAGAUGCUUGGAGGAUCAACUUUUGGCAUUUCAAUGUGUUUGCUCAAAUGGUUUCCAAUUAAGCUUGUGGAUCAGUUCUUGCUUAUAAUGUCGUCCUUGAUGUUGGGGGACACUGCUCAGCUCGGGUUAACUCGACCUGAGCUCGGUCCCCUCCAACUCAAGAAUAGUUAUGGAAAGACGCCUGUUUUGGAUAUUGGCACCCUUGCGAGAAUUAGGGCUGGAGACAUAAAGGUAUGUCCGGGAAUAAAGAGGCUAACACAUCACCAAGUGGAAUUUUUAGAUGGAAGAAAGGAAAAUAUUGAUGCUAUCAUCUUGGCCACAGGUUACAAGAGUAAUGUUCCAACUUGGUUAAAGGAAACUAGUUUCUUCUCGAAGAAAGAUGGGUUUCCACAAAAACCAUUUCCUUGCUCAUGGAAAGGAGAGAAUGGGUUAUAUGCUAUCGGUUUCACAAAGCGAGGAAUUCUUGGCGCCUCCAUGGAAGCAAGGUGGAUAGCAGACGACAUCAAGAAGCAAUGGAAUUCUACGCCAAAGUCCUCUAUCGUGCAUCGUUGUUCUCGUAUUCCAUGACUUUACAAGAAAAGGAACUAUUUGUGUGUUUUAAUUGGUUAUUGUUUUUAGAUGCAUAUAUGUAAAUAUAUUUGUAUAGUAGUUAGAAGUUGUUGUCUUGUUAGCUAGCUAGCUAGGUGUAUUUUGGAUGUGUUAUGAUGAUUCUUAGCUAGAAGUAGUCUCAAGGCUUGAUUGUUAAUUAAUUAUUUAUUUAUGGGUUUUUUGUGUAUGUAUGUAUGGUACCCUAUGU